UGGUGAUGAUUUAUAAGAAAAGAAGAAAGUAUAUAUUUAAAAGAACAAGAUACAGUACAAUUAAUUUAGUCGCAAAUUUCUUACAAAGAUCUCUAUCCUCUUUUUUGAGUGCAUUCCAUGUGUCAUCUUUUGUAAUAGUUUUCGCGCGAAUUUUCAAGAAAUCCUAUCUUCGAUAAUUCUUAAUCACGUGACCGUCCACCGACAGAUAUACCUAAUACUGAUUAGGUACGAUGACAAAUCGAAGCGAUUCUUUUGUUUUCGUCCGUAUAGUUUCUCCUUGUGUUUUUGCCUUAUAAUCGUAUUAUCAGUUCGUAGAACUCGUUUUUCUGUUUGUUUUGUUUUUUCUUACAUUAGUUUUAUUUUGGUUAUUGAUAUAUAAUAUUUUGGUUUUAUUAUUGAUUUUCUUAUUGAUUUUGCGAAACUAUUAACUUCUACGAAAUUCUGUUAAGAAAUCGAUAUGAAGAAAAUGUGAGGAUCCAUCAUCACGCAAAUAGCUUUGUAUAAUCUUUCUAAUUACAAUAUUUAUAUUCAUUUUAAUAAUGUAAAGUGUAUAUGUAAAAGCAAAGUAUAAUUAAUAUUUAAAUUAAUAAUCGUACAAUUGUUUAAACAUUAUAAAGUUAAUAACUCUCAUUCAUUUAAUAUUAAAUAAUUUAAUUUUACUUGCGCGCCAUCUUAGAUCAAAAUUUUCAAGUUUAAAUCGUAAGUUUGAAUAAUUAAUAUUUUUCAAUAGUAUACGAAUUUUAUUUUCGUCGUUACUGUUUAGUGAUGUAAACAAUAACGAAGAAAGAAGGGUUUAACGACUUUGAUAGCUGACAAAGAGUUUACCAUUAAACUUCAAGCAGUGAACAUUGCAUCUCUCUUAUUUCGUACUAGCAGAUUAGAAUACACAAUUCAUUCGAUUAAUCAACAUUCAUUUAAAAUAUAAGUAACACAAUAAUACAUAUUACUAAUAUUAAUAACUAAAUUAUGAUACUUUAGAUGAAUCAAGUCUAUAUAAUAGUUUAAACAAAAUCUUUUUUAUUUAUUAUCGAAAUUUUUCUUUCUAUUUUCAAUCUUUUUUUCCAUGCGUGAAAAUUAAAAAAUUAUGAAGUAGAAGCAGUGUUUGUUCGUUCGCGUUUCGCGAUUUAAAUAAUAAGUGUUCUUGCAUGGACUGUGUACAAUGCAGUCGUUAGAGUCAGUGUUUGUUCGCGAAGUUUUUUGCUUUUUUAACAGUCGCACAGAUUGUAUUUAAAAGAUAGUUUUGCGAAAUAAAUUCAGUGACCGUUCGUUAAUAAAUAUCGCGAAUUAGAAUCAGUGCAUCACCGAAGAGGAUUUCAACCAACUUCGAUGUUGAUGUACCUCAUUUUCAACCAACUACAUAUCAUCCACCCUCAAUUUCGACCUAAAUCGCGGACGAGUGUUUUAGAGCCAUCGCAGAACUUCCUAAGUAGUAAGUGAAUUUUUAAGUCUCUUCGAUCAUUCAAUCAUAUUGAGGACGAAAGGUCCGAAUCGGCAUGAGUGAUUGAUUGUAAUUAAUUAGUAGAAGAGUCAUUGCUUUUGAAAGAGAAAAUUCAAGUAAGCAUUGUUAAAAAACAAAGAGACAGAAUUACAGUCCGUAAAUCCUAGAAUAAGUUAAUCAAUUUUUAGAAUUUUCAUUAAUUAAUAUAUUAAUACCCGUUUCUUCUCCCAUUUUUUUUUCGAUUUUUCAGCGAAUAGAUAUUUUCCGAUUAAAGCACAGUAAUCAUUUUUUAUGCAAAAAUCUCAGAUUUUCUCUUUUUUGGGUUCUAUUACGUUAGAACUGUCAGUUUUUCGAUUACGUUUGUAGUUUAUAUUUUGUCCAUACUUUAUCACUGAACUCACGUAUACUAUGAGAGAAAGAUGGUAUAGCCUUACGUACAUUUAUAUAUUUAUGGUAUAUAUGUAUAUAUAUGUAAGAAUUACGUAUCUAAGAAUGGCAUUAAUGCUUGAACAAUUGUAUGACUUUGUGACGUAGUCCAUCAUUCGUAUUAAUUAUUUUAAUUGGUUGUCAUAUAUAAAUAAACAGAUUUUGAUUCAUGUUUCUUUCACAUCAUAAAAAUAUAUACAUACCAUACAGUAGAAUAUAUACAUAAAAUGAUAGAAAUUUAUAGAUAUUUUUAAUCGCAAUUAAGCCGGUAAAGAAGUAAUUAUAUAAUUUAUUUUACACAUAAUUAAAAAACGAUGCGGGUUGCAGUGUACUGUAUAAAAACUGAUACACUGAUAUAAUACAAAACAUAACCUAUAAAACGUUUGAACUUUCUGGUUUUACAAGUGAAAUGUUUUGUCCUAUUAAAUUUCUUAAACGAGGCCGAUCGUUGACAACUGCCGUUAGAUGUAAACGACGAGUUGUUAUUACCGGGCUAGGACUUGUAUGUCCUCUCGGAGUUGGUGUACAGAAUGCUUGGAAGAAUCUUCUUGAAUCUAAGUCUGGAAUAAUUAAACUGUCUGAUGUAGAUUAUGAUAAAUUACCUUGUAGAGUAGCUGCUGUAAUACCUAAAGGAGAUCAAUCACAUGAAUUAGAUAUAAAAUCAUACUUCUCUAAAAGUGAAUUAAGAACAAUGUGUUCUGCUACAGCUUAUGCACUGAUAUCUUCUGAAGAAGCUUUGUCUGAUGCAAAAUGGAAACCUGAAGAAGAAAAUGAUAGAAGAGAUACAGGAGUAGCUGUUGGUAUUGGAAUGAUUGAUUUAGUAGAUGUAUGUGCAACAUAUGAAGCUUUGAAAAAGGGAUACAGUAAAGUUAGUCCUUAUUUUGUACCGCGAAUUCUACCAAACAUGGCGGCAGGUCAUAUUAGUAUUAAAUAUGGAUUUCGAGGACCUAAUCAUUGCGUAUCAACUGCUUGUGCAACUGGAGCACAUGCUAUUGGUGAUGCAUUUCGUUUUAUACGUGGUGGUGAAACUAAUGUUAUGGUUUGUGGUGGAGCUGAAGCAUGUAUCAGUCCAUUAGCUGUUGCAGCAUUUUGUCGUCUUCGUGCACUCAGUACUUCCAGAAAUGAUUCUCCCUAUGAAGCAUCAAGACCAUUUGACAGAGAUAGAGAUGGUUUUGUAAUGGGAGAAGGGUCUGCUAUAUUAGUACUAGAAGAAUUAAAUCAUGCUCUCAGUAGACAGGCUCCUAUAUAUGCAGAAAUUUUAGGAUAUGGACUCUCAGGAGAUGCAGCACAUAUAACAGCACCCAGUGAAGAUGGUACUGGUGCUUUGUUAGCAAUGGAUAGAGCAGUAAAAGAUGCUGGUAUAGAAACAUCAGAAAUUACAUAUAUAAAUGCACAUGCUACUUCAACUCCAUUGGGUGAUAAUAUUGAAUUAAAAGCUGUAGAAUCUCUUAUGGGAGAACAUAGUAAAAAUGUGUUUGUAUCUAGUACAAAAGGAGCUCAUGGACAUUUAUUAGGUGCGGCAGGAAACUUAGAAGCUGCCUUUACGAUCUUGGCUAUAAAAGAUGCCGUGAUACCACCUACAUUAAAUUUACAUAAUUUAGACAUAGAGACAAGCUUAAAUUUUGUACCUAAUGUAAAGAAAAAUUGGUCUGCCACUGGAAGAAGAGUAGCUCUAAAGAAUGCUUUCGGUUUUGGCGGAAUAAACGCGUGUCUCUGUUUUGCAGAAUAUAUUGCUUAAAAACAGAUCAAAAACAUUAGGCAUUCUACCACAUUGAAAAAGCAUAAUAUGCUGUACAUGCUCGAUAUAAUAAAUGGACGAUAUUUUAUACAGGAAUAAUAAAGUCAUUGUAAAUACCUUUGUACAUUUGCUGUAAACAAGUUUAGAAAAAAAAAAAUAUUCGAUAAUGAAUCUAAUCUUAAUUAUCAACUAUUAUAGUAACUUACAUAUUUUAAAUAAUUUUAUGCAACAAUACACAAUAUACAAAUUACAUGAUUUAGGAUAGAUUCCUUUUUAUAUAGAACUUAUUACAUUAAAAUUACACAAAAAGAGAUGUAAACUGGAAUAAUAAAAUAUAUAUUGGAA